AUGGCCCAGUCCAGGAACGGUCUGACGGCCGCUGUCCUGUCGGUUUCGGGAUCGUUUUUGGUCCUGUUGGCGUUCACGACGAAGAGCUGGUUGGUCACGGAUGGAAAAUUAAAGGACCCAGAAUUCGAAACACUCGGUCUAUGGGUAGUAUGUCUUAAAGGUUUUGAAGACCCUCGUCAUUUUUACGAUACAAGAUUCCAUAAUUGUUCGUGGGUGUUUGAAGAAGAAUACUAUAUUAUCUCUGAUAUUAUAUUUGAAGAUUUUUAUAUUGCUACUCAGUGUUUCUUUACGGCUUGUAUUCUCUUAGCAGUAUCAGGUUUAUUUUACAGUGCACUUUAUUUGUAUUUAAAUAAAGCUUAUGAAUGUUAUAUUCAAAUUCUAUCAGCUGGAAUACUUAACAUAGCUGCAGCUGUAUGCAGUAGUAUUGCUCUGAUAAUAUUUGGAGUAUAUGGAGACAGCAGAGAAUGGAUGCCACAUUGGGAACACACUGAUUUAGGAUGGAGCUUUGGAGUAGCAGUCACAGGAAGUAUUGCCCUUUAUUUCAGUGGAGUAUUGUAUGUAAUAGAGCAACGAAUAUACAAGGUUAAACAAGAAAAAAUGGCUACUCAAACAUCCAAUUACAACUAUGAAGCUAAUGACUUAAUACAACUGUCUCACACUGCUGUAUAA